AUGUCCCGGCACAGAAUUUCCUGCAAAAAUCUCUAUUCUGUUCUCGUGCCUCUUUCUGUUAAUAACGCUGAGUACUUUGGGGAGCUCAUUUUACUAAAUCUAAGUAACAUUGCUUUACAGGACAGUUUGGAUGAGGAGCAGAUUGAGACCCUCCGGAAGGCGUUUGACUCCUUCGACACGGAGAAAACCGGCUCCAUCACGUCCGAGACCAUCACCACCAUCAUGAGGAUGAUGGGCGUCAAGAUCUCGGAGAAGAACCUGCAGGAGGCCAUCGCCGAGACUGACGAGGACGGUUCCGGUCUUCUGGAAUUCGAGGAGUUCGUCGAGCUGUCGGCCAAGUUCCUCAUCGAGGAGGACGAGGAGGCGCUCAAGGCCGAGCUCAGGGAAGCCUUCCGUAUCUACGAUAAGGAAGGAAACGGCUUCAUCACCACCGACGUCCUGAAGGAGAUCUUGGCCGAGCUUGACCCCAGGCUGACCCCCGCUGACCUCGAGAACAUCAUUGAGGAGGUCGACGAGGACGGAUCCGGCACCCUCGACUUCGACGAGUUCAUGGAUAUGAUGAACGGUUAAUUCCUUCAUGGGUCCCCCUGAGUCGCCACUCACUCGCCAUUCAAGAGUCUGUCUGGGAAUGGUUGUUAGUCACACUCAGCAGACGAAAUCGUUUCACUUCAUUCUCUCUUUCGCUCUUUGGACUUCAUUCUCUGUCUGAAUUCACUCUGUAUUACGCUGUCUUCCUGAAUUCACUCUGUAUUAUGCUCUUUAUCUGAAUUCACUCUGGAUUUCACUCUCUUUCUGAAUUCACUUUGCAUUACGGUGUCUUCCUGGGCCGUCUCUCUCCCUUUCUUGGUCUUUCUCUCUACCCCCUUUUGUUCCGUUGAAAUCCUGGUCUUUCUGUUAAUUUGAGUUUUUGUUUAUCUUUCUCUCUCUUUAUCUUUGGGAUUUUUUUUUUUUUUCUGACGACUUCUAAAACUCUUUUUAUUUAUUUCAUCUCUCUCUCUCUCUCUCUCUCUCUCUCUCUCUCUCUCUCUCUCUCUCUCUCUCUCUCUCUCUCUCUCUCUCUCUCUCUCUCUCUUACACCUCCUUUAUUUACGUCUCUGCCUCUUGAGAUAGUUCACAUCGGCAUUCCUAUUAAAUAUUUGAUAAAUUGUUACGUCAACCUGUUUGUUUUUGGUCAAGCCUGAGUGCACAGUGCUAGUGCUACGAAGGUCAGUAGCCAGGUCAGGUCAGGUCAGCAUGGGGUGAUGUAUGACUUUCGUUCAACCCGUGAGAAUACAGCCAUGUAUUUGUUGUAUUUGUGUAAAUAUCAAAUACACUACAUGUACCGUU